UUGGCGUAAAAACCAAGAUGGUUGUAUCUUGUCGUCCGUCGACCUUCUUUUGUACUCGUAGAAUUUUACGCCUGCAGAAGAAUAGAGUGAGAGGAGGAACUACCGAACUAAGAAGAGAGCCCAAAAACGCUCUGAAGAUGGUUUGCUUGGCUUGUUUGUUGCCGCUCUUCCUCGUCCCAAUUGUCAAUAUCUUGCCAUUGCUCUUUGAUUUUAUCAUGGCAAAAAUCUAUCGGCUUUUUGGUUGGGAAUACAGGAAACCAGAAAGGGUUCCACCUUCUUGUCCAUAUAAGCCGGUGACGAAGAAGGAUGCAAAAGUGGAGGAGCAAGCUACAGUAUCCCACCCCGUCACACCAGCAACGGUUUUAGAUAAUGACAAGCAUGACUAAACUCACUGAAUUGUUAAUUGCAGCUUAAUUUGCAUUCUUUAACUGUUCUUUCCUUUCCAAAUUCCAAAGGUUGGGGGAUAUUUUCCUGUUUUUCAAAACAAAGGUCUGUGGUUUAGUGGAUUUGCUGAAUUUUUUUCUGUGUUUUCUUGCACUACAUCCAUAAAUUAGAAUCCAUUUGACCACUA